GAAUCUUUAGAGACCGCACAUCCUAAAACAUCUUGUCGUCCUCUCGCUUUUGAACAUCGUCACCAAAGGAUUUCUUCUCGUCUUGUAUUCAUAGUGAGUCAUUCGGCAAUGUGAGGAGGAGGCAUCAAUCAUGCCCGACCAGUUCUCAAGCGUCGCCAAUAACUUUUCAAAGCAAAAAUGGUAUGAUACUCACUUGGAAUUCAUUGAUGCAUGUACGUCUCUUGCUUGGCCGGUGUCGCGUUUUGUCUACGUAGGAGAUAAAGCGGGUAGAAUUCAUUGUGUCGACUGUGAUGGCCCUUGCCCGGUACCGGUGGCAACUACACGGGUCUCCUCAUCCAGAAUCUCUUCGUUGACUUUGAAUAGGUCGGCUGAUCUCUUCGCAUCCACUUCCACUGACGACGGAUUUGUCACUAUAGGCACCGUCGAUGCAGAAAAUGGAGCAUUUGGGGAGUCUACUGUUGAGCUCAAGUGCUCAAAGCGACCUCUGUGUGCACUAUUUAUGGAUGACCAGCGAACAAAACAAAGUUUGGUGCUGGUUGGAUCCUCGUCAGGCAUCCAUAUAGUGGAUGCACAAAGCGGAGCAAUAUUUCGAUUUCUAACCAGCAAAGGCGGUGCCACAUCACUCUACUCAUGGCUGGGAUGCAUGGUGGCUGCAGGAGAAAACCGAGGUGGAGUGACACUGUGGGAUGCCAGAGUAGACGAUGCGGUGGCGCAUUUUUCUACAAAUCCACCAGGUCCUAGUCCACCAAAACGUUCGGUGUUUGCUGUAGACGGAGCCGCCCGAGUGCUCGCCUUAGCAGGCGAAUCUGGCACGGUACAUCUAUUCGACAUUGCUGCAAGAAAGGAAAUAGUCAGCAAGAAAAUCUGUCCUACUGACGUUAAAGUAAUAAGUUUCUCUCCAAAAAUGCGGCUACUCUUAGCUGCUGAUGUACAAAGACUUCGAAUGAUCAACCUCAGUGAUAUAACGCUCACUCCUUUUCCGCCACCGACGCAUAGUAUCCUAACUCUCCAGUCCGUGACUGGCACAAUGUGGGAUCCGACAACUUGUCGAUUUGUGGUGAGAGGAACUGACAAAUUACUCCGCUUAUUUCGAUUGGAUGACGCCGAUAGUGAAGGAAGUUGAGAAAACUAUCUUUCAAUUGCUACAACUCUCUAUCCUGCUCAAAAAGUAUCAUUGUUGCAAUAGCUUUACUUAAAUGCUGAAUACUGUGCUUUCUUGCCUUAUCGGUGCAUCCUCACCAUUAUAACUUUAUCAGAAACCGUUAGUAAUUCGUCUUUAUUCCGUUUGAUUUGUUGGUUCAUACGUGAUUUGUCUGUUGGGUAACUUGUUACAUCUUGUAUUCAAUAAAGAAGAUAAGUAGAAAUUGUGUAUGCACUAAGAUGAUCACUUUUUCAGCGCUCUUUUGUAAACUUCCUACUUC